AUGGCCGCUUCUCUACCCACUGUUCCAGUGAAGCACAAUGACUUCUUGAGCUAUGUUCAAUCUCAACCAAACACGCCGAUGGCGGACUUGGUCAAGCCUUACAAUGAAUUUGAUGCUUUGCUGCGCAAGGCAUUUGCCCAGGAACCCUCGAAUCCCCUGGUGAAGGACAAUCUCGUCAACAUUGUACCAAUGUAUGACCGGGCCCGCUGCAACGAUCUACGAAUUCGGGCCCGGGACCUUGCAUCUGAAACACCAGAGCAGAAGGCGAAGUAUAUUCUACCCCUGAGUGACAAAGAUCGCAAGCCAAAUGGAUCACCGGCAAUUGUCCCCACUUUCGAUGAAUUCAAAAACAACUUCACCCUCUUCACAGAAGGCAGUCUGAGCGAAAUUGACUGGUCGAACGUGGUUGUCGCCGGUAGUGCUGUCGUCACCUCUCUGUUGCCUGUACCGGAGCAAUAUCGAAACUCGAAGCGUGGUCUUCGUCAGUGGUAUCAUGAAAAGUUCGCUCCGGCAUCUGAUGUGGACCUUUUCUUGUAUGGCUUGAAUGAGGAACAAGCAGUUGAGAAGAUCAAGCACAUCGAGGAUAAGAUCAAGAACACAAUUCUUUAUGAGACCACCACUAUCCGAACAAAGAAUACGAUCACGAUUGCUUCGCAGUAUCCGAAUCGUCAUGUGCAGAUUGUGCUUCGGAUCUACCGUUCGAUAGCCGAGAUCCUCACUGGGUUCGACGUCGAUGUUUCGUGCACUGCAUUUGACGGCCGACAAGUCUAUGCCUCACCACGUGCCAUUGCCGCAUAUGCCACACAGGUCAAUCAAAUUGACUUGACUCGUCGCUCACCAUCGUAUGAAAAUCGGUUGUCCAAGUAUUCCCACCGUGGAUUCGAAGUUUUUUGGGAUCCGUUGUCCCGAUCCAGAGUUGAUCCUACAAUCUUCGAGCGAAGCUUCAACAGAACAGUGGGUCUUGCACGACUCUUGGUCUUAGAGAGGCUUCCGAAGUCGGACGAUAGAGACGAAUAUUUGCGGAAGAGGCGUCAAGAGCGCGGUCGUCCUCCCCUCAACAUUUACAUGCGGCGUCGUCAGGGCCGAGAGUUGAAAGGAAACAUCAAGGAUGACUGGGAAGAUGAGGUUCCUGAAUGGCAGGAGGCAGAUCAAGUGUCUGAUUAUCACACCUUUACGAUCCCAUACGGCCGAAACUUCAAUGCCAAAAAGAUUGAAAAGCUGUUGUAUACCAAGGACUUGCUUUUGAAUGCUCAGUGGAAUCAAGGCACGGACCGUGAUGUGUAUCUUCACCGGCAUCCCGCAUUUUUUGGCGAGGCCGAGCACGUCAUUCAUGAUUGCUGUGGCUUCUGCCCAACUCCUGCCACCGAUGAGGAACGGAAAGUUGCCGAAGAAGAGAGCAAGAUCUACGUUUCUGGGGAUAUCAGCUUCCUCAAGGAUGACCCCGGUCGCCAGGAGAUUGGCAGCUUCAACCCAAUCACCGAAACCGAUUGGACCGAAAUGGCAUAUGUUGGCCGCACUGAGCGGCUGUGCAGGGCGAUUGUCGCCGAUGAUUUGGCUGCUGUGGAAGCUUGCCUCGCAGAGGAAGGAUCCGACCCCAACCGACGCGACUACACCGGUCGAACCCCUCUCCAACUCGCUUGCAUCUCUUCGACUCCAGAGAUCGUCGAAGCUCUUCUGAGACAUGGUGCUCGAAUGAUCCCACGCAUGGCGGACGGAAAGACGGCUCUGCAUCUUGCUGCGGCCCGAGGACACGUCGAGAUCAUUCGGAUUUUGCUCACGAAGAGUAACGAGAACGAAGAGGCAGAGGCUCAAAAGCAGGACGCUCUCAAAAAGAACAAGAAGGAGAUCGACCCGAAGCCCUCGGCGGAUCAAGAUGAUGAAGAGAUUGAUGAAAGCGACGAGGAUGAUGCCUCUCGCACAUCCGCCUCAUACGUCAAGGUCGAAAAGGAACCGCCUCUCGUCACAUACGACACAAUCGAAGAAAAUGACCUUGAGCCCGAUGUUUACGACGUGAAUGUUGUUGCAUGGGAUAGCCGCGCUUCACCCUUGCAUCUCGCCAUGCUCAACGGCCAUAUCGAUGUCGUCAAGGAACUCGUCUCAUCCUUCGGCGCUGACGUUCUACUGCCGGUCAAAAUCCUGAACGACUACAACAGGAAGCCGGAAGCAGCAAUCCUCAACUUGGUUCUCGCUUUCUCCCUUCCAUCGGAAAAGGCCAUGGAGACAACGCGGGCACUUUUGGAGCUUGGUGCCUCAGUUGCCCAGGCCGAUCUGAAGCAACAGACUGCACUCUACUACAGCAUCCAAGAGAGGCGAAGUGAUAUGCUCGAGUUGUACUUCGAGCACGAUAUGCCGGCAGUGAAGCGGGCAAUCAACCAUUUGGCCGUCAGUGGAGGUAGUUGGUCCCCAAGCUUUUCAUCUCCCCUCAUGGAAGCUGUGAGGAGGAAGAUGCCUGAAAUGGCGCUCAAGUUAUUGAACGCAGGCGCAAAGCCAGAUAUUGAGCUCAGCGAGCUGGUGAAGGCCUACAAGAUGGCCAAUCCCGACGAUCGCUAUUUCAAUGGUCUUGAAGACCGCCUGAGUGAGACCAUGGAGCAGCCAGUCUUCCUGGCCACCACUAACGAUCUUCCUCUGAUCGCAAUGGAGCUGCUUGACCGCGGGGCCAAUCCAAACACAACGUUCAAGCAAGGAUGGGGCAAUGACGGCCAAAGCCUAUUGGACUCUACCAGGAGCAAUCUGGAACAACUCCGAGCAUGUUUGAGUGCCAGUCCCGUCAGCCGAUCUCGUGGGCAGUUGCACGCGAUGUUGUUUGACGACGAUGAGUUCUAUUUGGCUGAGUUCCCAUCUGACAGUUACCGACGGUUUGCUGCAAAGGCUUCUCUAGAGGAAGCACGCAACGCUAAUCGGGAGAUCGAAGAGAGAAUCGAGAAGGAAGAGUCGAGUCUGAGCACUAUCGGCGUCGAGGCGAAAAUGAAGACCGUGUCUGAUUUGAUACGUGACUAUGAGAAGCUUGAAACCCGGCUUUUGGCCAGUGACGCGAAGACAUGGGCGGAACUUCACCCCGAAGAUCCCAGAAACAACGUUGUUUACCCUCAAGUUCACUACCCGGAAGUUCGCAAGAAGGCUUUCAAGCUCGAGUUCAAAUUCAACAGGCCUGGCCUCAGUGACAUCCAACGCGAAGGAUAUUUCCUACUUUUUGAAGCAGCUUGGAAUGGCGACCUUCAAACCAUCCAAUAUUUGACACUCGGUAUGUGGGGACCUGCUGGGGAUCAAGCGCCCCUUGAGAUCGCGGUAACAGGUGAUCAUGGUCUUUCAUGUCUUUCGAUCUCGAUUAUGCGGGGACAUCUCGAUGUUGCAAAGUCGGUUCUGGACAUUCUUCGUCAACAGUACAUGCCUGAGCAACCUCGUGGCCAAACCCGAUUUGAGCUCGGGUCCGAUGACGAGUCAGAUGACGAAGAGAACCUCAAUAUUGUUGGCGAGACCAUUGAUGAUACCUUCACCCAUGACAAUGUUGGAGAGGUCGUCACCAAGACUGAGAGCAAGGUAAGCCCUAUCAGAGCUUUGCAAUUCAACUUCACGGCUUCUCUGUUCCUGGACCCAUCGGCUUUCAAAGAAGCAACCAAAAUCGACACUUCUAGGAUGCUUUCGUAUCCUUCUGGGCAGCCUGUCUCCCCCAAGGAUAUCGUCGGUCUUGUCAGAUUUGCUAUUUACAAAAAUGAUCUCUCUCUUUUGGAUUUCAUCCUGGAAAUGGAGGCGGAUGUUACACGCGACGAUCCAUCCGAAAUCAAUGCCCAAUACACCAGAGAUCUGGAUUUCCAGCUUGCAAUCUCCCUUGGUCGGGUUGAUUGUCUUACGAAGCUCAUCCAACACAGCGCAACUGGUCUUCCACUGGCUAAGUUAAGCUCGGAAUCUGGAGUCGAAGCGCCGAAGGAGCCUCGGUACUACCAAGGCCUGUCAAUCCGCGGAGCAAAGCGUUCUGACUGGGCGAAUGCCGGUCGUCAUGAGACAGCAAGCUCCUCGUCUGAUAAAAACACUCCGCUUUUGAUUUCUGCUUUCCAGGGAAAUCUUGCCAGCACAGAGUUCUUCCUCGGCACAGCACCCGGCCGGUAUUACCUGGAGUAUGUGAAUUCUCAUCCCGAGAAUAAGGAUGUCAAAAGAAUUUCUAAGUCCAAAUUGGGACUUGAGGCCUCCGUUCUGAAUUGGCUGCAAACAAGAAACAAUCUCGUUCUUCACUGUGCAGUCAUGUCAAAGCCGAACCAAGAGUCGGAGCGCCUAGUUCAGUACCUCAUCGACCAUCACCCCGAAUGCUUGGAAGCCCAGUCUGAGAGUGGAAAGACUCCGCUGGCCUUGGCCUUCACCCUUCGUCGGGUCAACUGUGCUCGCAUGUUGAUCGAGGCAGGGGCCAACCAGGCGACCCGGGAUAGCCAAGCAUACAACCUCCUCCACAUGCUCCUCGAUACAAAAGACCUUCCGACCUGUUCAGACUCCAAGCAAUUUACCGAACUUGUCAGUCUGUUGGAUGAGAAACUGAUUCCCACACUCCUGACUCAACGUGCCGGAGAAGACGCACGCACGCCGUUCGCACACUGGCUGAACUCAUACCACGCAUUCCAUCCCCAGGACGGGAUGUCAUCUAACAGCAACCGGGUCUCAUCCGGAAAUGACGAGUCUGUGGUCAAAACCAAUCAUGAAAUCGUGACGUCCAUGACAAACGCAAUUCUCGAUUUGGCCGCACCAACCAACCAAAAGCAUCUGGAGCUCUUCGAUGGAACAGGCAAUACUCCGGCCCACAUGGCAGUUCGGCAAAAUUAUCCUCAAAUCCUGGGCCAACUCCUUGACCGUCGCCCUGACCUUCUCUAUCGCGAGAACUCGACUGGAACAACUCCAUUGGAAAUGGCCGUGGAUGCCUGGGUGAACCAUACCAUAUCUGCACGCAAUCAACGUGGCGAAAUCGAUUCCUCGGCCGCGUGGGUAAAUGUCGCUCAGAGACAGCCUGGAUACUUUGACGAGGCCUACCGAGAGUCCAACAAGCGCGAAGAGAGCGUUCAGAUUAUGCUUCGUGUUUGCCAGGAGAGGGCCCGACAAAGUCCCUCGAAGAGAAGACUUGUCAGUCUUUUCGAGGCAAAUGAGGUCGCUAAAAGGCUAGCUACGACGCAGCGGGCGUCCGAUAACAACAGGGGCAGGUAUUUCCGCCGUCGUCGUGGUCACGGUGAACAGGAUGGUGGUGAUGAAGUGGAACAGUGGACAUGUCGGGCUUCUCAGUGGUAG